AUGGACUUGCACCACCUCAAAUCCCCGUUAUCGACCUCCCGAGCGGCCUCCGCCACCUUCCCGUUGACCCAUGGAUCCUCCGUUCCCCGGCCCAAUGACCAACCCACGGCCGACGAGCCGUUUGCAGGCCGCGACGAGUCCCUGACCGACCAACUCUCUUCUCGACGCUUGCACCAUUGGCUGCCCCAUGGUCCGGAUCGACCGACCUCGACUAACGACUCUCUCCCGCACGCCGACCCCCAAUCGUCCGCUCGCCAGCUUGUUGAGCCGCUGCGGAGCUCUGGUGGGCUGAAGUCACAUCACCGUCACAAGCAUAGCAAGUCGCGGGAACUCCGUCUGCCACGCCCCAUGAGCCACCUCGCGUCCUCGGCGAGCGCGCGGGGGCUGCUGCCCACCUGGUCGGGCAGCCGGGACAAGGAGCGCGAGAGCGAUGACGGCUCACUGGCGCCAAUCACUCAAGAGUCGACCAGAUCCCGUUGGGGUCCGAAUUCUGCUAGUGGCCUGGGCACCGGCAGUCGCAAAGGCAGUCUCUUGGAUACCCCAGAGCAACAUGAGCGGCUGGGCCCGAUUCGACGGCAGGAGAUACAAUCGAUGGAGGAUUUGGAACAGGUCCAAAAGCGACGAAAACAAGGUGAAGAAUAUCUGCGAUCGGCGCUUGCCUCCAUAGGAACGCUGGCGACGGACGUCACCCGGCGGCUGGACUAUACAUAUUACAAUCUACUGGAGAAGAUCACGGCGCUCAACGCGACUAUCGGGUCGUUCCAGGAGCUCUCUGACUCGGCAUCUACCCUCCUCAAUGAUUUCGAUCGCGAAACAGCCGGGCUGGACCAGGACAUUCGCAAGCAGAUUAACGAGCUCAAGGGAUUUGAGCCGCAAAUCCAGAAAGCUGACGCGCUGGACGAGCGCAUGAAGAAGGGCCGACAGAGGGUGGAGGAUCUGGGCAAGCGGCUUGCAGCGGUGCGGCAGGAGAUUGAUAGCUGGGAGCAGAGGGAGACCGAAUGGCAGUCUCGCAUCAGUCGGCGGCUGCGCAUUGUCUGGGGCAUUGUCGGUAGCGCGUUCCUGGUCUUGGUGCUGGCACUGGUCCUUCAGAAUUGGCCUGCUAUCAGCUCGCCGCAGGAUGAAGCUCGAUCUCUGCCGACAGAACUCGCGACGCUGGUGAAUGAGUCUUCCACGGGCCUUGCUCCCCUAUCUGAUACUUGGGAAUCAGUGUUGGGUGUCCAUGAUCCGGAGAGCGAACCGGCAUCAUCGUCAUGGUACCCGUCUAGUCUCGCGGACCGGCGGCAAAGCCUUGAGCACGCGCAGGCGGCACCGAGUGCCAUGGCCACCGCGAGCGCUCGGACGGACUCUGACGAUGCGCCAACCGAUCACGAUCCUCUGGGACUACUGAAGCAGCUGUGA